AUGCACGGACAGUCUGGUCCUCCCUCACAGCCAGAAUGGCGACUUCCUCCGCGUCUCUCCUCGCCGUCGCAACCAGGGCCUCCUCCGCCUCCACGUCCCCCGGUUGCUUCAUAUGCACCAGCUGUUCAAUAUUCGCCGGCUGCUCCAUAUUCGCCAGCCAACUAUGGACCGAUUUCAAAUCCACAGAGACUGCCAUCACCGAGUGCGGGUGCGGAUACAACCACGUGGGGAGUGCGGUUCAACCAGAGCUCCGGCCCCCCAUUGCCGCCUCGACCUUCAAGUACAAAUGAGCAAAGGUACGCCUAUGCGCAAUCUCAGUCGUAUCCAUCUGUCGCAACUCCUUUUCACGGAAUCCAACCCUCUCCGCCCCCACCUUCAUAUACAACACUACCACCACCACCAUCUGGUGUUCCACAACCGCCGCCAAAAAUCCCACAAGGCACUCAACAUGUAGCGGACCAACAAGGCGAUCAGACGGGGCGAGCUCCACUGCUCGCCCAGGGCGCAGGAGCGGCUGCGAUGCCUGGGUCUUACGAAUUCCGCCCUGCGCCUACCCUCAAUACAAAUACUACAUCUAUCGGCGCAUCGGCUCUGGGCCCUGGAACUCCAUCGGAUUGGGAGCAUUUUGGCCCAACCCCUGGGCACUUUGAUGAUGCAGCGUGGUUCCCACCUCGCAGGACGCCCUCUCUGCAUCACGAAGGGUCUCAACCACCAUCAAGGCUUCCGGACGAUGUUCCCAACGUGUCUGUGGAAGACGAGUCGGACAUUGUCGCUCGUCCGAGAACAGAUACAAAUCAAACGCUUCCAAGUACUGUCUCUGGGGUCACACAGUCGGGACAGGGUGGCUCAAAUUCACCCGUCAGUCCAUGCACAACACAUGGAAUACCAACACCGCCCCAACUGGUCCGCGCGGAUACCACCAGCUCUGCCUUGUCUACAGGUGGACGUUCAGAAAGCAUCGAUGACGUAAUAAAUGCAUGGGUUCGCCCAUUAUCGCCUGCGCAUAAACCAGUUCAACCGGAACAUCAAGGCCUCCCCGGCGCAUUCUACCAGAAUAGCCCAGUAGAGCGCCCGCAGUCAACGCAAAACAGCUCGUCAUUUUUCGACCAUUUGCAAUCGGGCUCGAAUGGUUCUGCGCAAGUGGUCGAAGGACCCAGAAGGGUGGCUACGCCAGUAAACCAAGACCCCUUCGAAGAUCUGGACCCCUGGGCCAAAUCAUCAUUGGAAAGAUAUGUCGCCAUGCUACGUAAGGAGGCAGUGGCUGACUUAGAUGAAGAACGAUAUAAGAUCUUCACGGCUUUUAUGGCCAAAGAGACUAAGCUCCGGCAGAUUCUCUAUAAUAUUGAGCCUGAGCCUGAAAGUAAAUCGCUGACUCUGCAAGCUCCUAAUCCUGCCCCUCCUCAGCCGCUACCAAUUUCCAAUAAAGGCGAACCAGCUGUUGAGUCGGGACUGAUACCCGUUGCGUCAGAAGAAAUUCCUCCCUCGGCGGCAACGGCAACAGAGGAUGAAGAUCUCGAUGAUGUUGGCAGUGAGUACAGUUCAGGUGGUCGUCCUCUGCUCGUUAAGAAAGCGCAAGGAGGCUCGCAGGCUGUUCUGGGCUUACCUACUGCGCCCUCGGGCGCAGAGUCGAGUCCCUCAAGACCCUUAUCGAUCAUAUCCAUGGAUACGCAGAAGCAAGUCUUGGAGCCCUUGACUACGAACCCCCCGCGGCCUAUAUACACGCCAUUCCAGUAUACAGAGGGUCCCCAGCGAGGCUCGGACAACCUCACCUUUGCUCGCCCGGCAUAUCAAGGCUAUUCUGACCUGCGGCAAGCAGCUGUCAGUGGGCGAGUCAUGUCAAAUGCACCAGCACCUACAUCUCGAUCGAACUCAAAUACUGCACUUGCUUCUUCCGCGCAGAAAGAUCCUGACGAGACCUUUUUGGGUCUAAUUCGUCACAAGAGCGUCGCUUAUUCUAAACCGGCUGAGCGAAACUCUCCACCGGUUCCAUUGCUGCCAGAAACUCUUCGUCAAGGCCGGUCGAGGGGCCUCGUGGAAGAAUUACGCACCAUAGUACGGACACCCUUGGACAAACGGUCUGAAAGCUCAUGGCACAUCACGACUCGGGAAGAACUUGAAAAUUUUCCUGAUGAUUUUUCGUACAUCCGACGGACCGUUGAUCAAUGGGAGGAGACAGCACGAGCCAGACGGCAAAAGCUGGAACACGAGCGCAUGGCUCGUCAGGAUGAAUCUGAGCGGCACAUCGAUGAUCUUUUCAAUGGGAAAGAGAUCGGGUAUGCAGACAUCAAUACCUUGGAAGAAGAAUUUCGGCAAAGCGAAGCUCGGGUCCAAUUAGAGGAGGAACGACACGAAGUAGAUGAUUUCAUGACACAUGUGUUCAAUCCCUUAGAUGAAGGCCUAAAAAAUGAGAUUUCGGCACUUCGCAAGUCCUACGACUCUGCUCUCAAUCAACUCGACCUUGAUCAACAGAGCAAAGGUUCACCAAGCGAGCGAGGCAGCCCAUCCGUGACCAUGAAAAUUGUCAACGACCUUCACAAAAAGCUUGAGAUCCGAUUCCAGAAACGUCUUGAUAUAGCCCUUGACUGUGAGCAACGACGGAAGAGGGCUGAGCGGCGACCACUUGUGGUCAUGGGUGAUAUAUCUGGUCUACAAAAACUAGACGGAGAGUUUGACCAAAUGGAACGGCGAAACAUUCUGGAAGCGUGCAAGGAUCGUGAUGACCGAGCCAACCGACUCAUGGAUUCCUUCGACGACGCAAUCUUGCACGGGCUAGGUUUAAAUCAGAGCCUCCUGGACGAGGUUGCGUCGAAAACAGCCCGACUAGAUACCGCCACCUUCCGAGCCUCCGGUCUACCGCGCUCUGAAAUUGGGCAGAUUCUCAAAUCCGCGGCAACCUUUGCGGCGUCGCUCGGAGCUGAUUCGGAGGCCAUCAUCCGCAGCGCUGGGGUUGCAGAUAUGAUCCUAAACGAUGCCGACUAUGGAGUCUCCGUCGCUGAAGCGCGAUAUGCCAACUCAGAUCCGGAGAUUUUCCAUCGGCUGGGGGCUGAGAAGAUAAAAGAGGAUGAGAAAAUCCAGGGUGAAAUGGGUUCAAAGUUGCAGAGCAUUCAAGAGGGGCCUGUGCAGAUCGAGGCCACCAUUCAACGCCUUCUCCUUGGCUUGCACAACGACCCACAAGCCGCUGCCCCUGUCUCUCCAGUUCAAGGCUUCUCCUCAACGAGCCCAUCUGGGGAAGUGCCUUUACAUCCUCCAAGUCUUCGCCCUUCGACUACUAGCCCGGGUCCAUCUCCCAGUCCCGCGCCCGUGAGCCAAACUACGGAUGAAGACUUGGAACAUAAACAGAGGCUUCGCAGAGCAUUAGAGGCAGCCAAGCAGCGCAACGCUGCCAGGGGCCAUUGA